AUGGCUGCCGUCUGCAAAGCCUGCCAAGACCCCCUGGUCAUCAGCAUCGAACCUGAUAGCGACGAUGAGGGCCAGGCCACCGAGGAGACCCAGAACGUGCCCGAUGAUCUGGAGCUGCCCUGCGGAUGCCACUUCCACUGGCAAUGUCUCUUGGACCAAUCCGCAGAGAUCGCCAUUUCUCUCAACUGCCCAUCCUGCCAGAAAUACCUGCCAACAAACCAGCAGGGCCCCUCCGUCACCAACCCCUUCCUGUACACCACCCCAGGCGCUGCCAUCUUGACCCGCUACGUCAACGAGGGCGGACUGCAGGACGGCCUGGACAUCCUGCCCAACAUCACCGAGGAGGCCUACCUUGACGCCCAUCCCGAGGCCCGUCCCGCCCGAGCCUACCACCUCAUGUGCUCAGAAGGCGAUGUUCAGGGCAUCGUGGAGCUCCUCCAGGACGCCAACGAGGAGCUCAACGGCGACAUUACUCAGCUGGGCCAGCUGAUCCGCUACCAGGACCCCCUGGCUGGUGGCAAGAGCCCUCUUCACGUUGCUGUCGAGAAGUCUCAGGAAGAGGUCGUCUGGCUGCUACUCUGGAUCGCCUCGCCCCUGCCCACUGAUCUCUUUCCCCAGUCGGCGCGACAGGCUGCCGAGGCGCUGCAAAUCGUUCGCCUCACAAAUGACAACGCUCAGGACAUCCGCGCCAUCCAGAACGACGCUGGCCAGACGGCCGAAGAUGUCGCCAAGGGCUUGCCCGCUCGCUGGGCCGCCCUCGUGGACGCCGGUAUUUUGCAUCCAUAA